CCAAUAUUUCGCAGAAAGGCACGCGGCUCCUAAUCGGUCCUUUCCAAGCUGCGAUUUAGCCGCGCGAUGCCCGCGCAGGGGCGGGGGCCGCGGGCCGGGGGAGGCGCUCAGAGUCCGGAGCCGCGGCGCGAGCUGACCAGCCCAAGUCAUGCAGUCCUUUCGAGAAAGGUGUGGUCUCCAUGGCAAGCAACAGAACUACCAGCAGAGUUCCCAGGAGCCAUCGCGCCUCGAGAACUAUAGGCAGCCCGGGCAGGCCGGGCUGAGCUGCGACCGGCAGCGGCUGCUCACCAAAGACUACUACAGCCCGCAGCCCUACCCGGCGGCGGCUUACGAGGGCACGGGGCCCGCGGGCACGGCGGCCGACAAGUACCACCGAGGCAGCGGCAAAGCGCUGCCCUCGCAGCAGGCCCUGCAAGGGAGGCCGCCCUUCCCCGGCUACGGCGUCCAGGACAGCGGCCCUUACCCGGGGGGCUAUUCGGGUGAGGAGAGCCUGCAGGCCUGGGGGACCCCGCAGCCCCCGCCCCCGCAGCCGCAGCCCCUGCCGGGGGGCGUGGGCAAAUAUGAAGAGAACCUGAUGAAGAAGACGGCGGUGCCGCCCGGCCGGCAGUACGCGGAGCAAGGCGCCCAGCUGCCCUUUCGGACUCACUCCCUGCCGCAGCCGCAGCAGCCGCCGCCCCCGCCCCCGCAGCCGCCGCAGCCCCCGCAGCCGCUCGCCUACCCCAAGCUGCAAAGGCAGAAGCUGCAGAAUGACAUCGGGUCCCCCCUGCCCUUCCCCCAAAGCGGCCACUUUCCCCAACACUCCCAGUCCUUCCCCGCCUCCUCCACCUACUCCUCCUCCUCCGUCCAGGGCGGCGGCCACUCGUACAAGAGCUGCACGGCGGCGCCCUCAGCACAGCCGCACGAUCGGCCGCUGACCACCAGUGCCAGCCUCGCGCCGGGCCAGCGGGUGCAGAGUCUCCACGCCUACCCGUCCGGCCGCCUGGGCUACGAGCAGCAGCAGCAGCAGCAGCAGCAGCAGCAACAGCAGGCGGCGCUGCAGAGCCGGCACCACGCCCAGGAGACCCUGCACUACCAAAACCUCGCCAAGUACCAACACUACGGACAGCAAGGGCAGGGCUACUGCCAGCCGGAAGCGGCCGUCAGGACCCCCGAGCAGUACUACCAGACUUUCAGCCCCAGCUCCAGCCACUCGCCCGCCCGCUCCGUGGGCCGCUCGCCUUCCUACAGCUCCACGCCGUCCCCGCUGAUGCCCAACCUGGAGAGCUUCCCCUACAGCCAGCAGCCACUCAGCACGGGGGCCUUCCCCGCGGGGCUCGCCGACCACAGCCACUUCAUGCCCCUGCUCAACCCCUCCCCAACGGACGCCGGCGGCUCCGUGGACCCCCAGGCCGGCAACUGCAAGGCCCUGCAGAAAGACAAAAUCCCCGAGAACCUGCUGUCGGACCUCAGCCUGCAGAGCCUCACGGCGCUGACGUCGCAGGUGGAGAACAUCUCCAAUACCGUGCAACAACUGCUGCUGUCCAAAGCCAGCCUGCCGCAGAAGAAGAGCGUCAAGAACCUCGUGUCCAGGACCCCCGAGCAGCACAAGAGCCAACACUGCAGCCCCGAGGGCAGCGGCUACUCGGCCGAGCCGGCGGGCACGCCGCUGUCGGAGCCGCUGAGCAGCACGCCGCAGUCCACGCACGCCGAGCCGCAGGAAGCCGACUACCUGAGCGGCUCCGAGGACCCGCUGGAGCGGAGCCUCCUGUACUGCAGCCAGGCCCGCGGCAGCCCCGCCAGGGUCAGCAGCGGCUCCAAGGCCAAGCCCGAGUCGGUGUCCACCUGCUCCGUGACCUCGCCCGACGACAUGUCCACCAAGUCCGACGACUCCUUUCAAAGCCUGCACAGCACCCUGCCCCUCGACAGCUUCUCCAAGUUCGUGGCGGGCGAGCGGGACUGCCCGCGGCUGCUGCUCAGCGCCCUGGCCCAGGAGGACCUGGCCUCCGAGAUCCUGGGGCUGCAGGCCAUCGGGGAGAAAGCCGACAAGGCGUGGGCCGAGGCGCCCGGCCUGGCCAAGGACGCCGGCAAGCCGCCCUUCGCGCUGGAGAACCACAGCGCCUGCCUGGACUCCGUGGCCAAGGGCGCGUGGCCGCGGCCCGGGGAGCCCGAGGCCCUGCCCGACUCCCUGCAACUCGACAAGGACGCCAGCUCCAAGGACUUCGGCCCGGGGGCGCUGUUUGAAGACGCUUCUGUGGCCUUCGCCACCCCUGACCCCAAAAAGCCAACGGGUCCCCUGUCCUUUGGCACCAAGCCUGCCCCGGGGGCCGCCGCUGCCCCGGACCCUACAGCGGCGACAGCUUUCGAUUGCUUCCAAGACACGACCGCCGCCGCAGCCACCGGCUCGGCCGACGGCGCCAACCCCUUUGUGUGGCCGGAGGAGAACCUGGGCGACGCGUGUCCCCGGUGGGGCCUGCACCCCGGGGAGCUCACCAAGGGCCUAGAGCAGGGCGGCAAGGCCUCGGACGGGGUCGGCAAAGGCGACGCCCAUGAGGCGGCAGCCUGCCUGGGCUUCCAGGAGGAGGCGCCUCCCGGGGAGAAGGCGGCGGCCGCCCUGCCCGGGGACUUCAAGGAGGAGGAGGAGGCGGGCGGGGUGAAGGAGGAGGCGGGCGGGCUGCUGCAGUGCCCGGAGGUGGGCAAGGCCGACCGGUGGCUGGAGGACAGCCGGCACUGCUGCUCCACCAACGACUUCGGGGACCUGCCGCUGCUGCCGCCCACGGGCAGGAAGGAAGACCUGGAGGCCGAGGAGGAAUACUCGUCCCUGUGUGAGCUGCUGGGCAGCCCGGGCCAGCGGCCCAGCGUGCAGGACCCGCUGUCGCCCAAGGCCCCGCUGCUGUGCACCAAGGAGGAGGUUCAGCAGGUGCUGGACGCCAAGGCGGGCUGGGGCUCCCCGUGCCACCUCUCCGGGGACUCGGUCAUCUUGCUGGGCCCCACCGUGGGCACCGAGUCCAAGGUGCAGAGCUGGUUCGAGUCCUCGCUGUCGCACAUGAAGCCGGGGGAAGAGGCGUCCGGCGGUGGCGGCGGCGGCGGGGAACGGGCUCCUGGGGGGGAGUCGGCCGCCCCGGUGGACGCCCUGCCCGAGGCGCCCAUCGCGAAGAAAGAGCCGGUGCCCCGGGGCAAGAGCUUGAGGAGCCGGAGGGUGCAGCGGGGGCUGCCCGAGGCCGAGGACUCCCCGUGCAGGGCGCCCGCGCUGCCCAAGGAUCUGCUGCUCCCGGAGUCCUGCACGGGGCCCCCACAGGCGCAGAUGGGCGGGGUUGGGGCCCCCGGCCGGGGGGCCUCGGAGGGGCUCCCUCGCAUGUGCACCCGCUCCCUCACGGCCCUGAGCGAGCCUCGCACGCCCGGGCCCCCGGGCCUGACCACCACCCCGGCGCCCCCAGACAGGCUAGGGGGCAGGCAGCGCGCUGCCUUCAAAUCGGGCAAGCGAGUCGGGAAGCCGUCGCCCAAGGCCGCCUCCAGCCCCAGCAACCCGGCCGCCCUGCCCGUGGCCUCGGACAGCAGCCCCGUGGGCUCCAAGACCAAGGAGACCGACUCGCCCGGUGCGGCCGGCAAGGACCAGCGCUCCAUGAUCCUGCGCUCCCGCAACAAAACCCCGUACCAGAACGCCAAGCGGAGACGGCCCUCCGAGAACCGCCUGCCCAACGGCCGCGCCACCAAGAAGCUCCUGGCCAACAGCCACCUGCCCACCGCUGCUGCCGCCGCCACCACAUUCAAGGCCUCCGACAGCCCCCCGCAGAAGGAGGGGCGGGCAGGCCAGCGGGCCAGGGUGCCCAAGCCCGGGGCAGGCGGCAGGCUCCCAGAGCGGGCCCUGCACACGCUCAAAAGGAAGUCGCCCUUCAUGGCGCCUGUCCCCACGAAGAAGCGCAGCCUCGUGUUGCGUGGCAGCUACGGCGACAGCAAGGACGAGCAGGCCGAGGGCGCACCUGCCCUGUUCAAGAGGGUGUCCUCCCCCAAGAAGACCAAGCCGGCCAAGGGUGGCAGUGGUGAGCCCAUGGCCAAGCCCGCGCCCCCUGAGGCGGCCGCUGCCACCGACGAGGCCGCCACCGCCUGCCUCAAGCUGGCCUCCAGGGUGGCCUUCCAGGGGACCGUGAAGACCAAGGUGUUGCCUCCGCGCAAAGGCCGGGGCCUGAAGCUGGAAGCCAUCGUGCAGAAGAUCACCUCGCCCAGCCUGAAGAAGCUGGCGUGCAAAGUGCCAGGGGCCGCCCCCGGGGACCCCGUGAGCCCCGCCCUCCCCGAAAAGGACCGCAGCAGCGCAGGCCUCAAGAGUGCCGGGGGCAGCCCGGUGGGCGCCGAGGAAGGGGCGUCGGGCGCGGGGCCUGGGCCGAAGCUCCCGGCCGUGGCGGCGGCAGCCACUCCAGGCACCGAGCCACCUUCGUGCAGAAACCCGGCCAGCAGGUCCUUAAAGGGCAAAGUCGGGAACAGUAAGAAGCUGUCCUCGACGGACUGUUUCAAACCCGAGGCCUUCCCCUCCGCCGCAGCUCCCAAGAAGAGAAGCCGGAAGGGCCGGGCCAGCCUGGGCCCAGCGCUGCUCCUGACGCCCCGAGACAGGGCCGGUGGCGGUGGUGGCGGCGGCACGCAGAGGACUGGCGAGGACAGCUCCGGGCCGGGAGGCAAGAAGCCAAAGACGGAAGAGCUGGGCCCGGUCCCCCAGCCCCCCGACGGCCGGCCCUGCCAGCCGCAGACCAGGGCUCAGAAGCAGCCGAGCCACGCCGGCUACGGUGGCGGCUAUUCCAAACGGAAGCGCCUCACCCGGGGCCGGGCCAAGAACGCCACAUCCUCGCCCUGUAAGGGGCGGGCCAAGCGGCGCCGGCAGCAGCAGAUGCUGCCCCUGGAUCCCGCCGAGCCUGAGAUCCGCCUCAAGUACAUCUCUUCCUGCAAGCGGCUCAGGGCAGACAGCCGGACCCCGGCCUUCUCCCCCUUCGUACGGGUGGAGAAGCGAGACGCGUUCACCACCGUGUGCACUGUUGUCAACUCCCCCGGGGACGAGCCCAAGCCCCACAGGAAGCCUUCCUCCUCCGCCUCCUCCUCCUCCUCCUCGGCCUCCGCCGCCGCCUCACUGUCCCUGGACGCGGCGGCCGGGGCCUCCCUGGCCACGCUGCCCGGGGCCUCCGUCCUGCAGCCGCGGCCCUCUCUGCCUCUCUCCUCCACGAUGCACCUGGGGCCUGUGGUGUCCAAGGCCCUGAGUACCUCUUGCCUUGUUUGCUGUCUCUGCCAAAACCCAGCCAACUUCAAGGACCUAGGGGACCUGUGCGGGCCCUACUACCCCGAACAUUGCCUCCCCAAAAAGAAGCCAAAACUCAAGGAGCAGGUGCGGCCCGAGGGCACCUGCGAGGAGGCCCCGCCUCCCCUCGAGAGGACACUCAAGGGUCUCGAGUGUGUGGCGGCGGCCUCAGCCACGGCGGCCGCUGCCACCACCCCCGGGAAGGCCCCCAGGCCUGACGGCUCCGCAGACCCCGCCAAGCAGGGCUCGCUGCGCACCAGUGCCCGGGGCCUGUCCCGGCGGCUGCAGAGUUGCUACUGCUGUGACGGGCAGGGGGACGGGGGUGAGGAGGCGGCUGCGGCCGACAAGAGCCGGAAACAUGAGUGCAGCAAGCAGGCCUCUGCAGAGCCCGGGGGGGACACCCAGGAGCACUGGGUGCACGAGGCCUGCGCCGUGUGGACCAGCGGGGUCUACCUGGUGGCCGGGAAGCUGUAUGGGCUGCAGGAGGCCAUGAAGGUGGCCGUGGACAUGACCUGUUCCAGCUGCCAAGAGCCCGGGGCCACCAUUGGGUGUUGCCACAAAGGAUGCACCCACACCUACCACUACCCGUGUGCCAGUGAUGCGGGUUGCGCGUUCAUCGAAGAGAACUUUUCUUUGAAAUGUCCCAAACACAAGAGACUCCCGUUGUAAUGCAACCCCCGACCGGCCGGAGCCGCCGCCGCCCGCGCAGCACCGCCGGCCCGGGCCUCGGAGCAGCUCCCGGCGCCGGAGCCGAUCCUUGAUCUGGGCCCCGGGUGUUGGAGCCGGCCGCCAAGAGCUGAGACCUGUGCACACACCUGCCCCGCCGACCCUCGCCCCCACCCCACCCGGGGUGGGGGAGGAAACCCGUUCCGGAGCCGCCUGCUCCCGGAACCGGACAGCCCGGGGCGCUAGUGCGCGCGCUCCCUGGGGCCAGGCCCGAAGCCGGGGAGCUCUCCCCACUGCCCUCCGCCCCGCCGCGGGACAUCCAGGACGACGUGGCACGCAUCCACCCGCAUGGGUGCUGCCGUCACCACCCCCAACCCCGUGGCUCGCGCCCUAGGGUCGGUAUGGGGGGCGCUAGAGGGUGGGCGCAGACGGCCCUGGGAGAGGCCGAGGGCUGCCCCCCGACCCUGGGCUCCGUGCACCCCACGAGGCGAGGGGGCGAGCCGAGGCUUCCCGGAGCGGGGGAGGGCGGCGGGAGGCUCUGUCUGAGCGCGCCCUAGCCGGCCAGCCUUUGCCAAAGCUUUCGAGCGCUUCCGGGAAGGCCGCCGGGAUUGCGGGGGUGUGAGUGGAGGGCAGGCCGGCCGGGGGUAUGGGGGCCUGCUCUGGGGACGCGGUCACCGCCACCGCCACCGCCACCUCCGCAGAGCCCCGCCUGGGAACGCGAAGAGGCCACGGCGAGGCGGCCCGAGCGCGCCGGGGGACCACGGCGCGCACUCGGCACGGGAGCAGGGGACGGCGCCGGAUGCGAGUUACGAAACCUGUGUGCCCCGCCCCCUCCGUCCCACAGAAUGUAUAUAUGUCGGGAACAUGCUCGCUUCCCCCGUGUGUCGCCGCGCGCCCCGCAGCACGGAGCCCCCGCGCCCUGGCCUGCCGGGGGCGGGGGCGAGCGCAGGGCCCCUUCCCCCGCGCAGUCCGUCCGCCAGUCUGUCCGCGUCCUCUGCUCCGUCCACGCUUCGAUAGGCCUGACGCAGACCCCCACCCCCUCCGCCGGGGCCCGCCCUAGCAACUUCCUGUACAUAUGACUGUAAAAUGGCAAACGUGUGUAUUAUAUCUGGCCUCGUUAUAUAGUGUAUAUAUAUGUAUACAUAUACAUAUAUAUAAUAUAUAUGAAGAUGUAAAUGUUCAGACUAGUGUUCUUAUUAGUAUAUUGCUUCACACUGAAGACUGUGUGUAUCGAGCUGUUUCUAAAAGAUGUUUAUUUUCCUUAAGAGUAAAAAACAGUCAUUGCAUUCAGAAGAAAAAAAAACAAUAAAGAUACGACGAUUGUUUUGGA